AUGGCGCAGAAGAAGUCGCGGGAUCCCCACGCAGCAGCGGAGGUUUGGAGAAAAGUCCUGGAGAAGCAUCACCACCAGCGCGAGACGCGCAACUACGAUCCCGAUGCCCACAAGGACCUUGAGGCCGAGGAUCACUCCGAGCCUCCGGCAGGAGCUGCGCCUGAAGGCGCCGCGGAGGCGUUGCUGCAACGUCAGGCGCGGAGCUCGAGGAAGGAAGCGGAAGAGGCUUCAGAGCAGCUCUUGGAUGAUAGCCUUUCCAGCAAGUUUCUCAAGGACCUGUAUUCGUCCACGGUCGGCAAGGCGGUCGAGAAAGUGGAUGGCACAGGACUGACGGGUGGGGCUUUGAAAGACGCAUUCAACCAGGUCAAGGAAAAGGGCAAUCUCAAAGCAAUUGAGUUUGUUCAGAAGACGGUGAUCGACACCGUCGACAAGGCAAGGAUCAUUCUCAUGGCCUUCAAAGGCUUCGAGUUCUCGGAGAACUGCAACGCCGAGGUGCCAAGCUUCAGGUACGAAUCCCACGGUCGCCCCCGUUAUAUCAUCAACUUCGGCAACCUGGAUUGCGAGGUCACGCUCGUUGGGAAAAAGAUCGAGCUCUUCAAAACCAACUGGCAAGAAGCAAGCGUGUACUUGCCGAAUCCGUUGGACCACUUGCCGGAGCAGAUCCGUACGGUUGCUAGGGCAAGUGAGGAGACGGUCACCAAGCUCGUAGACAUGUCUGGGCAGUUGUUGAACACCGCCGACUGCAACGGAGACACCUUCCGCUGCAUGGCCAAACGUGUCGCAACUUACGUCAUGCAGUUCGAGCCACCUAUGAACUUCUUGCCUCAUCAACUUCAUACGGUUGUCAAUGCAGGCCAGGAGGCGGUCGACAGGCUGUUCAGCAUGAUGACGGAUCUUCUGAACACAGCCCACUGCGAUCGAGGCAACACCUUCGACUGCAUGGCACAGCACAUCUUUCACUGGCUGCCCCAGCAGUUGCACACAGUUGUGAAUGCGGGCCAGGAGGGUGUCGACAGGCUGUUCAGCAUGAUCCGUGAUCUUCUGAACACAGCCCACUGCGAUCGAGGCAACACCUUCGAAUGCAUGGCACAGCACGUCUUUCACUGGCUGCCCCAGCAGUUGCACACUGUUGUCAAUGCGGGCCAGGAGGGUGUUGACAGAGUCUUCGCGAUGAUCCGUGAUCUUCUGAACACCGCUAACUGCAACAGAGGCGACAUUUUCCACUGCAUGGCCAAGCGUGUGGCAGGCCACGUCAUGCAGUUCGAGCCGCCGCUGAAGUUCAUGCCCCUUCCGGUUGGCGUUCUUGCCGGCUCGAAUGUCAACUCCGUCAAGAGCUUGAUGGCCAUGGGGGAUGACCUGAUGGAUUGCCAAAACAUCGAGUCCGGCCAUGAAGUCAUGAAAUGCCUAGGCUUCAAGAUGAUGGAGCGGGUACCUCCUCUGAGCUACUUGAACCAGCUAGGUGACGUGAUCGGUGAGUAUCUCGAGUUCUUCGCCAAGGCGGGCACUUCCUUGGCAAUGAAGGCUCUAAAGGGAGGCACUUCCCUUAUCGAGAAGGCCAGUGUGUCCCAAUUCCCGCCCGUCGGAAACAUGCCGGUGCGGCACCAGCAGGGGAAUCUGGUCGUGGAGGUGCACUCGCAAAAAAUGCACCCCUCGCUGUUGCAGUUCGUUUCGGGACAGGGGCAGCAGGGAGUGCCAAUGCCAGCAUUUCAGCCUGGUGGUGAUGUCCACCUCUCCAGUUUGAUCACCCAGUUCAAUGGCAGGGAGGCCAAUUCGGAGACUUGCCUGGCUUUUGCUCCCCGAACCAAGAACGGGGCCCAUGCUGGCAACCACCAGGAAGCGACGAAAGACGACUGGACGCCGGCAAAGAAGGAGGACUUCGUCCAGCUGGAGCCCUGGGCGGUGCCCUGCGACAACACCUGGAUGAAGGAGAACUGGAACAAGUGGCAGGGGUACUCCUUCUACACGGGCGAGCUGGCAGUCGAGAAGUGCCUGUCAGUGACGUUCGUAGUGAAGAUCCAGCCUGUAGUGGCCGCCAUCUUGGGCUUGAGUUUCGAGAUUCUGCCGGAAAAACUCUUCGAGGUGAUCACCACGGUGUGUUGGCCGAACCAGAUGCCGGGUGGCCUCGACUUGUCCGUCCUUCGUUCGGAGAUCAAAACCGCCGGCCACAUGCUCUUCAGCCGGACCCUAAGGCUUGCGAAGCGUUUCGGCGAUCGUACAGACUUCGAAUGGAAGAACCUGGGCACCGGAUACCAAACCUGGAGAUCCCCGCUUGGUGUCGCCAAAGGGGAGAGCAGGUCUGCGAUUGAAGACAUGUCGCUUCUGGACAGCAACCGUAGUGAUCAAGCAGAAGGCGGUGGUGCAAAGACGGAGUCCUGGUACUGGAGGACAGAGCCCGAGGAAGUCUACCUGGCCUCCAUCGACUAUGGCGACUCCAUGGAGCCCAAUAGGACCUGGGAGGUGCGAGGAGAGGACACUCUGCUUCGGUUGAGCAAAAUGCAGGAGGCUCGCAAGCAGGACGGGGAGGAAGUCAUCGAGCUCUUCAGCUUGAAGGGGAAUUCGGGCAGGUCGAACUUCCACAUCCAAGGCCUCCUCGAUGGCAACGUCGUGGAGUUGGGUGUCCAGAUGGGUUUCGGACCCUUCCAGAGCCCAAGUCGGAGAGUUCGUUUGGCUGACAUUGGAGAGCAGUUCGCUGCCGUCCUGACCGCAAUCCCUUGGAUCUCUGUCGAAACGAAGAAGACGGCCAUUGCAGCGUUGAAGGACUUCUGGCCAGGGCACGACGAGCUUGUGGGGCCCGAGCCAGCUGACAAGUCUUCCAUGGUGGCCUGGUUCAAGAGCGAAGAUGCCGACUCAGCUUGGAACAGCUCCGUGGGCAGCUGGCAGGCUCGUGUGACGAAGGGCAGCGUCACGAAAAAGGUCGAGGCCGGGCACGGCGCCACAUAUCCGGUUGUCUACCUCACCGGCGACACCAACACCGGAAUAGACUUCGGCCAGAUCAUGAAGCCGGACUUCACCAUCUGCUCCGUCACGCGAUACCUCGGAGGAGAAGGAGGAGUAAACAAGCAAAUCCUCCAGCACGAUCAGUGGCACUGGUUUCAUGGUCACUGGGGGGGACAUGUGGGGGUUGCACACUACAACCACUGGGUGACCCAUCCUCACGGUCCACAUUGGCGGCAGCAUCCGGGCUUGACUGGCUGGCUGGUGAUGUGUGGCAACAGCGCGGGGGUUGUCUUCAGGGGCAAGGAGAGGAGGAAUGUCGGAGAGACCGCGGCACUCAAGUCGCCUGGAGAUGCCCACUUGUACAUCAACGAGGGCCAUACCGGGGAGUCAUCGGACUUUGGCGUCAUGGAGGUCAUCGUUUGGAACCGGGCACUCUCGGAAGACGAGAUGUGGACCAGCAUGGAGUACCUGAACGCGAAGCUCGGGCCCCUUGAGCCCCAACCAGCUGACCAGUCGUCCAUGGUGGCCUGGUUCAAGAGCGAGGAUGCCAGCGCAGCUUGGAAAAGCGCGGUGGGCAGCUGGCAGGGUCGCGCGACGAGGGGCAGCCCCACCACAAAGGUCGAGGCCGGGCACGGUGCCAAAUUUCCGGUCGCAUACCUCACCGGCGACGUCCACACCGGAUAUGACUUCGGCCAGAUCAUGAAGCAGGACUUCACCAUCUGCUCGGUCACUCGCUAUGUCGAAGGAGGAGUACAGAAGAGAAUUCUCCAGCACAACCAGCCGAACUGGCUUCAUGGCCACUGGCAUGGGAAAGUGGGGGUUACGCAUUACAACACGUGGGUGAACGAGGAGGGGCAGCUCACGGGCUUGACCGAUUGGUUGGUGCUGUGUGGCAACAGCGCAGGGGUUGUCUUCCGAGGCCAAGAAAGGAAGAACCUUGGACAGCACACACCGGUGAAGUCAAGCCCAGAUGCCCACCUGUACAUCAACGACGGCCACUUUACGGAGUCUUCGGACUUUGGCAUCAUGGAGGUCAUCGUUUGGAACCGGGCGCUCUCGGAAGACGAGAUGUGGACCAGCAUGGAGUACCUGAACUGGAAGCUCUCUGGGCCUGAGUCCUGA